AUGGCCCUCACUAUCCCCACGCCAGAAGGGCCAUUUGAGUUUAUCACAUUCCUUGGAGAUCGCAUGGACUGGCCAUCAUGGUUGGACGACAUCAAUAAUAUCUCGGUUGCCCUGGACAUAUGGCGAUAUGUCAAUCCCGACUGCAAAGACCGUCUCAGCGAACCCGAGAAGCCCACUCUGCCAACCCGUCCCAAACUGAAGCAGCUCCCCGCGAGGGAGCAGUAUGAGACCGACAAGACGUACGACCUGCGUGUGGAACAGGACAGACAUGCCCACCUGCUCUCCGUGCGAGAAUAUGACGUCUUGUACGAACAAUAUCGCAUGGACACUGCCAAAUAUCUUGCGUCACUUGCCGUUUACACAGCUGCCAAGGAUGACUUGCAAAAGCUCUACCGACUCAUUUUCAGAAGUAUCCCCGAAAGAUAUCGAGCUUAUCUGAGACUGGAUGGUGCAGAGACACCCCGAGAUAUGCUGCGAUCCCUACGGUCGAGGAUACAUCCUCCUUCCGACAGGGACAGGGCGCCUAUUGCUCAGCGGCAAUUCGACGGCAAGUUGACCGCGCAGCCUACAGAUGACAAGGAGAGCUUCAUUGAGGCCAUUGCCCUGGCGGCUGUCGAAUUGCACCGCCUCAAAGCGUCGACCUUUGACGAAGGCGUUGCGGUUAAGGAACUGAUUAGGUCGCUGCAGACCCUUGACAAGCCCUUCGCCGAUGCAUGGUCCCGCAGGCUUGACGCGGCUUCUGGACAAGCCUCUAACAGUGUGCUUGAUAUUGUCGAGGAGUUCAAAUACAAGAUGCGGAUGCAGGACGACAAGCCCUAUCUCAAAGAGCUGUCCGAGGCGGCUCCUGCUCCCGCUCCAGCACCUAAUACUGCUGCCGUUGUAGAGCCAGAGAGUCUUAUCAAUUUGGUCGACGAACCCUUCGACCUUCCUAUCCAAAACCACGUGGCCAAACAUAACGGUGUUGACCAGGCUAAGCCAUCAAAGAAGGUCAAGAAAGCCCGGGAGGACGCGGUGCUCGCGGAGCAACCGCCGUGGAAGCCUAGAAAAUCUGAACGAGAAUCGACAUUCAAUGAGAAGCCCGCGAAAUUCAAGAAGAAGGGCGAUUCAACCGGCCCUCUGGCCAUGCAGAUCUGCCCAGGAUGCCAGUUGCGACAUCUCAUCCGUGGCGAUGCCUGGUGGGAGAGCUGCUAUGUGUACUACGAACUCAGUGGCCUGGGCAAUGUCCCAGAACACUUCACCAUCAGCGCAAAGAAGCUGGAUCUGGCGUACUCUCGACUGGAAGACUACCCUGACGAGUAUAGGCGGGCACAGGAGUGGGCGAACAAGAAAACUGGUGCAACUGGUGCAAAUGGAGCGAAUGGUGCAAAGGAGCAAGAACCUGAAGAGUUUACCCUGUGGUAA